GAGCCGCUGUAGAUAAGCUCGAUGUCAAUGGCUCUUCCUCUUCAACCCAUCAACCAAGAUUCUUAAUGUCAAGCUUCAGCAAUGAGAUUCCCCGUCCUUGCUUCUGGUAUAGUCAGAGCAACAAUAGAGAAGUUCGAGCAGAUACUGAAACAAGUGGAACAGAUCGAAGACAGACUUGACGAAGCCAAGGCUGCUGCUGCAAAAGGGACGUUUGGUAACCUUCAAGUUCCAUAAAGGCCAUGGAGGAGCAAAUCGAAGUAUAAAUUCAUACACAUUUUUCUUGCUUACAUCAGUUUUCCUUCUCCAAAUCAAUACUGAUAUUAAUCAAUGGGAAUCUCAAAUGCUGGUUUUAAAUAAGAUACCAGAUGUACUGAGACCCGAACGUUAUGAAGUGAUGGCUGAAAUCAAGUGCUUAGAAGAUGGACUUGAAGCUCUAAAGAAAGAAGAUGAUGAAUUAAUAAAAAAAUUCCAGGCUCUAAUCAAUAGAAAGUCUGACCUAUGUGACUUCGUUAUUAGUGCCCGAAAGGAAGAAGAUGAAGCGAAUGGCUACUACAACGAAUAUGUUUCAUUGAUACGCAAUGCCAAUGAACUAGCAAGAAGGAAAGAUGUGAAAGCCCUUGAACAACUCUCUAGCAGUCAGGUUGAUAAGUUCAUGCGGCGGUGGAACGAUAACCAGAGUUUCAGAACGACGUAUGAAAAAGCUCUGUUAUGGUCGCUUCAUUACCGGGAAUUGAGUAAGGAUGGCCGGAUUAAAAACGAGGACGAAGAACCAAUUAUUGAAAAUGGAGAGAUUCAUAAACAAUUUCUUCAUUUAAUUUCCAAUUACUUAACUUUAUUUAUGGUUUUGGAUGAACGAAACAAAAUGCUACGAUAGCUUUGCCCCACGCUCUGUGUUAUCCUUUAUAUAU